CAACCUUAUUUCUUAUAUUAUUAGAUAAGUGUUUUUCUCUCCAUUACGAAUCUCUUAACUUCUACAGGAAGACUUUGUCUUUCACCAAAGAAAGAGAUUAACUUGGUAUGACACUUGAAAUCUGAUCCAUCACAUAUCCACUAACUGUUAAAUAAAUAAAAUAUAAGAUUAAAAUACAUUUAAAAAAUAAAAGAAAGAUGAGAAAUACAUAAUAAUAAAAAAAUAAUAAUAACAAACAAAAAGAAAAUGUUAACCCCAGUCUCUUUUUUCUGUUUUUCUUCUUCUAUUAUACCCCACAGUCAGUCUUCUUUAAGAAAAGGCACACAGCACAAAACAAAACAAUGAUUAAAGGAGUUUGUUGUUCUUAAUCAGAAACAGUAAAAUAGAAUUAAAAAGUUUGUUUUUAUUCCUCCAUUGGUCGACCUUAUCCUCCCUUUAAAUACCCUCUUAUCUCCCUCUUUAGAGAGAACCAGUGACCAUUUAUAGUUUCUGCUUAUCUCCUUCCAUCUCUGAAGAAGAUCAAAACACCCUUAGUUUCCUUAUAGUCAUAUAGAGAAAACAUUAAUGGAACCAAGUCCGACACCAUUGUUAACCAAGAAACUAUGUAACAUGAUACGCAUAGCUUUCUUCACAGUUCAAAAAGGUGUUUCCAAGAGUAAGUUCAUGGUUGAUCUUCACCUCAUGAUGAAACGAGGCAAGAUCUUAAAAAAAGCCAUGAACGACCUCAUGCUCGAACACCAAGCCUCUCUGAGUUGUCGGUCAGACAACAUGGACAUGUCAUUUGUGUCCCCAAUGAGUUGUCGGUCACAUGACGUGCAUCUGUCGUUUGUAUCACCCCAUGAGUACGAGUUCAGCUGCAGUAGCAGCUGUUCGAGCUACAGACCCUAUAACCCACGUCUCCACUCCAACAGACGCAGAAGUACUAGACAUUAUUUGCGGAAACACCAAGUGAGCUACCAGCGGACGACGCCAUACAUAUGGGCCGAUGAUGAUAUGGCGUCAGAGGGUAGUGGCGGCGAGAGUCAGGGGUUCGGGUGGAGCCCACUAGUGAGACAGGUGAGGAUAACAGACUCACCAUUCACAGUGAGGGACGGUGGUGAUAAUGAAGAUAGCAUGAAGGUAGAUAUGGAGGCAGAGAAAUUUAUAGAUAGGUUUUAUAGAGAAUUGAGGUUGCAGAAAUGGAUGGCUGCACAUGAAGCAGCAGACAACUAUGGCUGGCGAGCAUGAACAUUAACUAUGUCUGUCUGUCUGAAUUGCCUUAUAAUUUUUCUUUUUCUUCUCUUUUGUAACUCGAAGGUUUUCUUUUUCCUUUCUUUUUUUUCCUUUUCAAAUGGUGUGUGUUAUUUAGCUACUUAUUAUAUGUGCAUAUUCAACAAUGAAGAAGAUGAGACUAUAAAUGCUUAUGUUAAA